GUCUCCUCGGCGCUAACCGCUCCAUCGUCCUGCUGCUUCUACUCCCAAUCCUGCUGCCGGUCGAGUCCUGUCAGUAUCGCGCGCGUCCUUGCAACUUCCAAACUCCAACAAGUGUGAGUGCAUCCUUAAACGGGCAAGGGAUGAACAAGGAUGUAUAGUGUGGUGGCGCACCAAAAUUACAGAAAGCGUGACCGUUCACCUCGACCACAGAGCGAAAGCUCGCCAACAGGUGGCCACACUGACUCGCACAGGAAACUGUCGUUCUACCAGCGCAUCUACAGAUACGUCAAGCAGCAAUUUCAGCAGGAAAAAGAUGAGGAGACUGACGAAUUUAAUUUCCAUAUAGCAAGGUAUAGGCCGGAAGAAUUACAGAAAUUAGCGUCGAAAACAAAAUUUACGAGGAAAGAAAUCCAAUUAAUGUACCGAGGAUUCAAACAGGAAUGCCCCACUGGAAUGGUAGACGAGGACUCCUUCAAGCAAAUCUUCUCGCAGUUUUUUCCAUUAGGUGAUGCAACGAACUACGCUCAUUACGUCUUCAACACAAUCAAGCAAAAGCAAACAGGAAAAAUCAGUUUUGAGGACUUUCUUAGCAUAUUGUCCAAGGUGUCCCGAGGCAGCGUCCAGGAGAAGCUCCAGUGGGUGUUCGGGCUGUACGACUUGAACGGGGACGGCCUCAUCACCAAGACGGAGAUGGUGGACGUCGUUUCGAGCAUCUAUGAGAUGUUGGGCCGAGCGACGCAUCCAACUGUUAACGAAAGCUCGGCCAAAGAACACGUAGAAAAAAUAUUCCAUCUGAUAGACACGAAUAAGGACGGCGUCGUCACCAUCGAAGAACUGGUGCAGUGGUGCUCUAGGGAUGAACAUGUUCUUAAAUCUUUAGAAACUUUGGACACUGUAUUGUGAUCGUAUCUGCUGUCCCGUUGGCACUCAUCUUAUCUUGUUUCGAAAGUAAACCCCGGACCUCCCCGAACAGCCUGUACAUAUGCAGAUCAAUGUUAAAACCCCACAAACCCCACCUGUCCCAUUGAACAUCUCAUUACGUAAUUUGUUACGGUAGUUGUAACUUUGCAACUUUAUACGCCAAAUUUUAAUAUUGUUGUGCUAAUUACUAGAGUAGAGAAACCUGCACGAAACUGUAUAUAAAAAGCUAACGUGGCUAAUUUUGGGGCCAUUUAUAUCUAGUGGUUGUAGUUACGUAGAAAAGACUAUUUUGUGCUAAACGAAUUAUUGUUACUUAAAACAUGAUUUUGGUGUUUCUACCGUAAGCAUCAGUAUUAAGUCCGAAUAGCGUGCUCACAUUUAUUUAAUGACAUACUUUAAUGUAAAUAAAUCUUCCUCUUCACCCACUUCGCUAACGACCGCAGUCCUCAAGACCGUUCGCACAAGAACACCACUGGAAAUUUUGCGGCUUAGCAGUUUUUUACCUAAAUUAAAUUAGUUUUAUAAACCUAAAGUUACUCAAUAUUGUUAUAAGUUUGACUUGAAAUUCUAAAUUCUAGAACUGUUACUUAGAAAAAUGCAUGUGUUAUAUUCUUGUAAGGGCCCGACCCGGCAAAGUUCGUCAAUAUUGUGAAUAUUUCAUAAAAUUUACAGAAACUUAUUGUGAUAGCAUAUUUACUAUAAGUAAUUAAGUCAUUAACUGUCACUUAAAUUUAAUGAUGUUACUAAGAACAAUAAAUAUUAAAUAAGUGUUGUAGUCAGUGUCAUAAUAAAGCAUCUUAUUUAUUCUAUUUAA